AUGGAAGAUAUCGUGACCUCGAAAUAUGCAGUUAAGUACUGCAUGGGCAGUGGAGGCUUUGCCCAAGUAUAUGCUGCUAUUCAUAAGAAAACAAAUUGUUUUGUUGCAAUCAAGAUGAUUCCAAAAGAAAUAAAGGACGAUGAGAACCACAAAACACGCAUACAGAGAGAAAUGGAAAUUUCAGCUUCCAUUCAACACCCAUUUAUUAUUGAUCUUUACGAAAUAAUAGAAUCGGAAAAAUACAUUUACAUUGUGAUGGAAAUUAUUAGAAAUGGCUGUUUAACUAACAAGUUAUGCGAAAAAGGAAAGCUUUGUGAGUCAACAGCUAAGCAUAUAUUUGCACAAUUAGCAACCGUGCUUAGAUUUCUUCACAAAGAAAAGAACAUCGCCCACAGAGAUAUCAAGUUAGAAAACAUAUUAUUAGAUGAUCACAACAAUAUCAGAAUUAUUGAUUUCGGUCUUUCGAAAUUUAUUCAAAAAGAUCAUUUAACAGAAACCCUUUGCGGAUCACCUCAAUAUGCUUCUCCAGAAAUAUUAAUGGGCCAAAAAUAUGGUUUUGAAGCAGAUAUUUGGGCCUCUGGAAUCUUAUUAUACACUUUAGUUUUUGGAAUCUUCCCCUUCGCUAGUGAAAACAUUACAAAGCUUGCUAGAGCGAUUAUUUAUAAGCCACCUCAAUUUGAAGGUAAAAUUUCAAAUGAACUUAUUGAUUUGAUAACCAAACUUCUAGUCAAGAACCCCAAAGAAAGAAUUAACAUUGAAGAAGUCUGCCAGCAUCCUUGGAUUCGUGAUGAAAUUUUAUUAACUGAAGCUCGUCUUAAAAAUAUUUACUAUGACGAAUUUGGAAUUGAAGAAGAUCUAGUUAGAUAUGGAAUUUCUUCAUCAAAUGUUAAGGCUGAUUUGGAAAUGAAUAUUAUUAACGACAAUACUGUUUCCUAUAAAUUAAUUAAAAAUGACCACAAGUUUUUCGGAAGAGUUCCACUAUUAAAGAAGAAUGGCAAACCAGAAAGAAAAGAAUCCUGCCCAGCUUGCAGCCUUUUGCCAUCUCUAAUCUAA